UAGCAGAAACAUGAUAUCCUAAAGUUAGAGUAUGAAUAAGGAGAAAGAUGACUAACCUGCACUGACAAUAUUUUGAUGAACAAGGAUAAUUAAGAUGAAGAAUAUUAUGGGGCAAAGCAUUGUUCUGAUCCUGCUGUUAGUGGUUGGACAUUUUGGACACUCAGAUGCCGAACCUUCUGUUUGUGGGGAUAUGCCACCUGUUAUCCCAAUAACAGAGGACACCCUGCCUGGCACUUUGCUGCUGAAUUUUGCAAAUUCUUCCAUUCCUGGAGUCACUGAUAUUGUUAUUGAGGGCCUAGAGCCUGCUGAUGGAUUUGUCAGCCUGAACAUCAGUAGAAGAGCUUUUGUUCUUAAAAAUGCCAUAGAUGCAGAAAACAUGACUCAGGCUCUAUCCUAUAAAGUGAUAUGUAAAUACAAACAAUUAGGACUUGUAAAACCAGGGGUAAUUUUUUUUUUCAAUUAG